GGGAUAAAACAGAAGGGGAGAAGAAGGAGAAGAGAACCACAAUGUGGUGUAGAGUAGAAUUUGCGUGUCUGUCACGAUAACGUCACGUCAUUAUAGCGUUUGAUAAACGAGCCUUGAAUCUUUGGACUAUUGUGAAUGGAUACUAAAAGAUCGAAGAAAUUUUGUCGACGUGCAACUCACGUCGAAUCCAACGAUGAAACUGAAGCGCAAACCUGUGCGAAUUCGCAAUCCAAAGAAAUCCACCUAACCUACGACGUUUUGAGAAUUAUCUUUCAGCUCUUGAACUAUAGGGAUUUGGCAAAUGCAUCAAAGGUCUCCAGGUCCUGGUUAGAAGCGGCUCAAGAAGAAAUGCAAAUAAGAACUGAACCUACUGCCUUUCGGAAACAUAGUGAUUCUAUAAAACAAACUUCGGCAGUUAUUUUAAAAGAUUUCUUGAACCUAAGAAUUGAACCAUAUAUUUCAUUCUAUUUUUUAUGUCAUAGAACAAACUAUAUUAAUAUGGAGCGGACAAUUAUAGGAAAUAUCUUUCAACAAGUUCACGAGAAUUCUGAAAUCAUAAUGGUGCAUAGUGCAGGCAUUAUUUUAGACAGUGAUGAAAUAGAAGGUAAAAACAAAGAUAUAUUAUGUGCAUUUUUACCGAAAAUUCCGAAUGUAGAUAUCAGGAUAUUUCAAAUACCAAAUCCAAAUAGUAGAAGAAAAGAGGAAGGAUUAAUCCAGACGAUAAAACAAUUGCCAGCACUAAAUAAGGAGAAGUCGACAUGUUUAAUAAUAUUUGGCACUGCUCUUGAACACAGUCAUAUAAAAUCUUUGAUAAAUGAUUUAAACAGUUAUUCGAAUAAAAUAUCCUCAGUCUGGGGUGGGUUGGUGAAAAACUGUUACAUACAUGAUAAAACUAGUUCUGUUCUUCGAGCCCCAUACUGUAUCAGUAUUUUAAUUACUGGCCGUAUGAAGACAUGGUCGACGAUCGUAGAUCAAUACUGUAACACAAAAGAGAAAGUUGAAAAACACUUGAGGGAAUGGAAGGAAAAAGUGGAAUUGAGGAAACAUAGUAUCGGCUUUAUGUUUGCGUGUCAUGCGCGCGGCGAAUCGUUAUAUAAUAAGCCAAACGUAGAAUCGUCGAUAUUCAAAAGUUUAUUCCCUGAUUUAAAAUUGGUGGGUUGUUUCGGUGACGGCGAAUUGGGCAAACAUUCAUUUCCAGCAGACAAUUGUAAAACAUCUCAUAAAAAAGAGUGCAGUUGUUGCACUCUUUACUACAUUCAGUAUUCUACUAUAUUUAUGAUACUUACGUACGAUUGAUGACGUAGGAGCCGUCAAUGCGUGGCCACGCCGUAUUUCUUUUUCUUCUGAACGUUUCUAAACUUACUCCUGGAUUUUCACAUCUAUUAUAUGAUAUAUAACGAUAUAUCAUAGUUGCCUAUUGCCUAUAUCAUAGUGGCGUGAUGAUAAUUAUUCACGGGAUAACAGACACAUAGACAAUGCAACAAACGUUAUAAUAAAUCGGAUUGUGAAGAUCGCAUGUGAAAUUCUCAGGUACAUUGUACGUGAUUUCUGUAUAUGUAUAUGUUUAUACUUAAUAUAAAAAUCGCGGCGAUGCUACUGAAUGGUAAGAAGACACACUAGAUAUUAUAUGUUAUAAUGUAUCAUAAUAUAUUGUAUGUUCAUA